GUGGUGUGUGUGUUUAGCGAGAGCGUGAGCCAACGAGUGAGAGCAGUGUGUGUGGAGUGAGCGAGUGCAGAGCGAGCCACUCACACGGAGCAUGCCUCUGCGUCCUGCAGCCGGCAAACAUGAGCCACCCAGCUCUCCACAGCAGGACCAGCACACACACUCACACCCCUACACACACACCAACGGCAGCCAGGGGGCCAGCUCUGACAGCGGCAGCUCACGGGAAGAGGACAGCGGCAUUCCCGUUUCUGUCAGUGUUUUCUCUUUCCGUCCCACUCGGGAGCGGAGCCCCAGUGCAGGAGGAGGCAUGGCGCAGGACAAGGGCAACACGUUGGUGAUCCGCAUUGGAAUACCGGACCUGGCACAGACGAAAUGUAUGAAGUUCGACGUGGAUGCUCCUAUCUGGUUAUCUAAGCAGCAUAUCCUGUGUACUUUGAACCAGAGUCUGAAGGACGUGCUGAACUACGGCCUCUUCCAGCCAGCUCACAAUGGAAAGGCUGGCAAGUUCCUGGAUGAGGAGAGGCAGCUGAAGGAAUACCCACUGCCUUCUGCUACCCCUGUACCAUACCUGGAGUUCCGCUAUAAGAGACGUCUCUACACACAGUCCCACCUGGAUGACAAGCAGCUCUCCAAACUACACACCAAGGCGAACCUGAAGAAGUUUAUGGAGUAUGUACAGCAGAGGAACAUCGAAAAGGUGUCCAAGUUCCUGGAGAAAGGUCUGGACCCCAACUUCCACGACCCUGAAUCGGGAGAAUGUCCUCUGACCAUGGCGUCUCAGCUGGAGGGCUGUGCAGACCUCAUCAAGGUGUUGAAGAGUGGAGGAGCUCACCUGGACUUCAGGACCCGAGACGGCAUCACUGCACUGCACAAGGCUGUCCGCACCAAGAACCAUACGGCCCUCAUAACGUUGCUGGACCUGGGUGCGUCUCCUGACUAUAAGGACAGUCGGGGGUUAAGUCCGCUCUAUCACAGCUCUAUGGUAGGAGGAGACCCCUACUGCUGUGAACUUCUGCUCCACGACCACGCUCAGGUGGGCUGUGUGGACGAGAACGGAUGGCAGGAGAUACACCAGGCAUGCCGUCAUGGUCAUGUUCAGCACUUGGAGCACCUGCUGUUUUACGGAGCCGACAUGGCUGCUCAGAACGCCUCUGGAAACACCGCCCUUCACGUCUGUGCCCUCUACAACCAGGAUAGUUGUACCAGAGUUCUACUGUUUCGGGGAGUGAAUAAAGAGAUCAAGAACUACAACAGCCAGACAGCCUUUCAGGUGGCCAUUAUAGCAGGAAACUUUGAUCUGGCUGAAAUCAUCAAGAUCCACAAAGUGUCAGACGUUGUGCCUUUCAGGGAGACCCCAUCCUACACCAACCGUAGACGUGUGUUGGUGGGAGGACUGCCCUCGCCCCGCUCCCUGCUGCGCUCCGCUAGCGACAACAACCUCAACGGGGACAGCAGUCAAGGUCUGGGUCAAGGUCUGGGGCAGGGUCACGGUCGACAGGGUCAGUCUCCUGUCCCCUCUCUGAGAAGCCUCCCUGCACUGGGACAACACCAACAACAUGCCAGCCUGGGGGAGACUCGUCAUGGAGAGAUGCCAGACAGCAGUCUCCAGAGCACAGGCAGCUCUCGCUCCUCCCACUCCCGCUCUCCCUCGCUACACAGUCAUCUGCAUGAGGGCGAUCAGGGCAUCAGGAAGACACACGGACACCCUCUAGGACACGUCCCUCGAGGACGGCUCAGCCCGGGUACGGUGCAACGGGACCCCAGUCCCCCGACCCACACCCCUCCUGCCAUUGCCGGUGCCAGCGGGCCCAAGCGGAAACUCUACAGCGCCGUACCGGGACGUACCUUCAUCGUGGUCAAACCGUACACGCCACAGGGCGAGGGAGAGAUCCAGCUGAACCGUGGAGAGAGAGUGAAAGUGUUGAGUAUAGGAGAAGGAGGUUUCUGGGAGGGCACGGUCAAGGGGAGAACAGGCUGGUUCCCUGCCGACUGUGUGGAAGAGGUUCAGAUGAGACAGUAUGACCCUCGGCUAGAGACAAGAGAGGACCGCACCAAGAGACUGUUCAGACACUACACUGUGGGAUCUUACGACAACGUCACCUCAUACAGUGAUUACAUCAUAGAGGAGAAGAAUGCUAUGCUGCAGAAGAAAGAAAACGAAGGCUUCGGCUUCGUCCUGCGGGGAGCCAAAGCUGAGACGCCUAUUGAGGAGUUCACCCCAACACCUGCAUUCCCUGCCCUCCAGUACCUGGAGUCUGUCGACGUGGAGGGAGUGGCCUGGAGGGCUGGGCUUAGGACAGGAGACUUCCUCAUAGAGGUGCACGGAGUGAACGUGGUGAAGGUGGGCCAUAAGCAGGUGGUGUCUCUGAUCAGACAGGGGGGCAACAGUCUGCUGAUGAAGGUGGUCUCUGUCACACGCAAACCUGAGUCUGAGGAGGUGGUUCGCAAGAAAGCUCCCCCGCCACCCAAGAGAGCCCCCAGUACCACUUUGACACUGCGCUCCAAGUCUAUGACCGCCGAACUGGAGGAACUGGCUUCCGUCCGGAGGAGGAGAGGAGAAAGGCUAGAUGAGAUGCUAGCGCCUCAGGAGCCUGUGACGUUACGUUCCCAGCCCACAGAGGCCGACUACAGAGCUGCUACUGUCAAACAGAGACCUACCGGCAGGAGAAUCACACAAUCAGAGAUCAGUUCGUUGUUUGAGAGGCAGGGCAUGGCAUUACAUGGUGGGCUCCACCCAAGGAUGGAGAGGGCUCAUAUGCAGCUGCCUAGAGGGAUGUCCAGGACCAAGUCAUUCGGUGCGACUGAGGAGGACCGUCUGUCAGUUUUGGCUGGAGAACACCGUUUCCCCCGGAGCUCCUCAAUGACGGACAGCCUCAGAGACCACUCCCAUUCUAUCCCGCCCCCUCCCCAGACCGCACCUCCUCCUCCCCCUUCCCUCUACUACCUGGACACUGGCCCUCCUCCUGCUUUCUGCCCCCCUCCUCCCCCUGCCAGGGGUCAUAGUCAGGGUCAUGACCCUGGAGGUCGUUCCAGCUUCAAGCCCUCCUCCCUGGACCUGGACCGGCCCUACGACCCAUCACCCCGCCAGUCCUCCCACGCCGAACGCCAGAAGAAGGCAAGGUCAAUGAUUAUUCUACAAGAUUCCUCCCACUUACCCGUGGAGCCCACCGACAUUCCCCGCCCCUCCGCAUCCGCUACACCACCAGAGCGAAUCAAACGGAAAGGCCGGGUGAUUGACAACCCGUACGCCAAUGUUGGCCAGUUUAGUAUUGGAUUGUACACACCCACCAAGCCCCAGCGCAAGAAGAGCCCUCUGGUGAAACAGCUACAGGUGGAGGACGCACAGGAGAGAGCCAGCAUCGCCUUGGCCGCUGCCCACUCCCGAGAGACCUCCCCCUCUGGCCGACACACACACAGCCACACACACACCAGCCGGGCCGACUACUACCAGCAGCAGCUGAAGGUGGAGCGUGAGCGUAUGCGUCUCCAGGGAGAGGCCCUGCUACAGGGGAAAGGGCCGUUCGCUGUCGCUAUCGCUGGCGCCGUGAAGGACCGAGAGCGCCGACUAGAGGAGCGGAGGAAAUCCACAGUCUUCCAGUCGGUGGGGACCAUGGAGGGGGGGUCGGGGUCUGCCCCUGAGCCCCCCUCCUACACCACAUCUCGAUCCAUCGAUGAGCGCCUGCUCAGCAGAGAACUAGGCCAGCUGCCACCCCCCGCCCUGGCCCUGCGCCCCUCACCUGGCGGCACUACCUUCAUCCACCCACUCACAGGGAAGCCCCUGGACCCUAACUCACCCCUUGCUCUUGCGCUGGCCGCAAGGGAGCGGGCACUUACCUCCCAGAGCCAGUCCCCCGCCAGCAGCCCUGAGCCCAGGACUAAACAGGACAGGGCUGGUGUUGGAGGUCAGGGGGCUUCGCUUUUCAUCGAAAGCCAGACCAAAGAGCCUCAGCAUGGGGGCGGGAGGCCGGGGUCGCCCCAGGCUGGUAAAUCCCAGUGGGGGGUGUCAUCACCCGCCUUGCUUCGCCAGGAGAUGGAGGGAAGAGGGGAGGAGAGGAAGGAGGAGAGGAGAACGGAAGAUAAGAAGAGUAUGUUGAUCAGUAUCAUGGACACAUCACAACAGAAGACAGCUGGACUAAUCAUGGUCCAUGCCACCAGUAACGGCCAGGCGGUGGGGCUGGGACCAGGGCUGGAGCAAACCCCCACCUCCCUAGCCACCGAGCCCAGUAAACCCUCCCUCAGUCGGGCUCUGUCGCCCAGCCCCUCUGCCUCUCAGCCCCAGGCCCAGGGCCCUUCCAGCCCAGCCCAGGCUCCCCUGGCCCAGGGCAGUUCAGAGGAAGAUGUGGAGCCCUACACAGUGAGCCUACCUCCAGCCAUGCUGUCCUCCAGUGAUGAAGAGACCAGAGAGGAGCUGAAGAAGAUCGGGGUGCUCCCACCUCCGGAUGAGUUUUCCAACGGGUUGUUGGCCAAUUCACAAGCCCAAGCCCAAGGGACCCCUGUACCCCAGUCUAAAUCCAUCACUUCCCCUACAACCCCUACUCUCCUCACCCCUUCCACCACCACUCCAAACCCCAGCCUGACCCCCACCCUACCCCAGGGCCCUCCCCUCCAGCCUACCCCCGGAGGAGCAGUCGUCUCAGGGAAACCUUCAUACCCGGACCAGCCCCAUCCUCCAGCCCUGCUGGCUGAGUCUGGUUCAGCAGCAGACUCUGGUGUGGAGGAGGCAGACACACGCAGCUCCAGUGAGAGAGAGCGAGACCACCACCUGGAGACCACUAGCACUGUGUCCACCGUCUCCAGCAUGUCCACUCUGUCCUCAGAGAGUGGCGAACCCGCUGACACACACACCUCCUAUGCCGACGGGCAGACCUUCGUGCUCGACAAGCCGCCAGUGCCUCCCAAGCCCCGGCUCAAGUCCCACUUUGGAGGCAGUAAAGGCCCGGUCACCUUCAGGGAUCCGCUGCUGAAGCAGAGCUCUGACAGCGAGCUGUUAUCCCAGCAGCAGGCGGCUGCUCUAGCCGCAGCAGCAGCCGGAGGGGCAGGGCUGGGGCAUGGAGGCCUAGGUUCUGGAGGCCUGGGUUCUGGAGGCCUGGGGCAUGGAGGCCUGGGUUCUGGAGGCCUAGGGUCAGGCUCUAUAUCUGGCCUGGUUGGAGGCCCCGGAAGGCCCCGCUACCUCUUCCAGAGGAGAUCCAAGCUGUGGGGGGACCAGAUGGAGGCGCGAGGACCCGGAGUGGGGUUAGGGAUGGGGAGUCUGGGGAGUCUAGGGGGGUUGGGGUUGGGGCUGGGGGGUGAGGAGGGGGGGAAACCAUCGGUGAUGGGGGAACUAAGUUCCAGAUUGCAGCAGCUGAAUAAGGAUACCCGGUCACUGGGGGAGGAGGAGCCACUGGGGUCAUCACUGGACCCUGGGAGGAAGUCCCCUGUGACAGGCGCCAGACUUUUCAGCAGUCUAGGAGAGCUCCACACCAUUUCCCAGAGAAGCUACGGCACCACCUACACCAUCCGGCCUGGCAGCCGCUUUCCCGUUACACGCCGCACUCCAAGCCCUGGCUCGGGCUCCCCGGAUCGGGGUGACCCCCUCAGUCGACUCCCAGGCUUCGGCCUACCCACCUCACCCACCAUGCCGCACCACACCAUCCUCAAGUCGUCCAGCCUCAGCCUGCACCAUGAGCCCAAAGAGGUACGUUUCGUUAUGAGGAGCUCCAGCGCCCGGUCCCGCUCCCCCUCCCCGUCCCCUUGUCACUCCCCCGGGCUGGGCUCGCCCCUCCUGGCCCUCAGGCCCUUCCACCAGAAGCCCCUCCACCUGUGGAACAAGUACGACGUUGGAGACUGGCUGGAGAGCAUCAACCUGGGGGAGCACAGGGCCGGCUUUCAGGAGCACGAGAUCGAGGGCUCGCACCUCCCAGCACUCACCAAGGACGACUUCGCUGAGCUGGGGGUGACGCGCGUGGGACACCGCAUGAACAUCGAACGAGCACUUAAACAACUGCUGGAGAGCUGACCCCUGCUAUGAGAGAGAGAGGGGGAUAGAGAGGGAGAGAAAGAAAGGGAGAUGGAGAGAGAUAGAUGGGGAGA